AUGAGAAUAUUUAAAUAAGCUUUUGAGAGUAUUCAAGGAAAAAAAGGAGAAGAUGACAAUAAAUCAGGUUCGAAAGGAACAUUUUUUAUUGAAGAAUAAUUUAUGACUCCAGAGUUUCUAUAUAAAUAAAACCAUAAAGAAGUUUAAUAAGGAACUUAAAAGAAAAUACAUUUAACGAAAUAAUUUUUUAUAACAAUGUCCACUAUGGAAAACAAAUUUAUUUUAUCUCCAAUUAAAUAAAUUAAUAUGGUUGACUAAUUAGUUGGAAUGUAUUAAGAAUGUGUAUAAUAAUAUGAUACUCUCAUGGAUCCCAUUAAAUAUUACUUUUUAGAUAAAAUCAGAUAUAUUGUUUAAUAAGCUGAUAAUUUUACAUAAAGAGAACCAAGAUCACUUUAAUCUUCAGAUAGAAAAAUGUAUUAUUCUAAUAUUAUCUAUUAGUCAAUCACCAAUUUAAGUUAUGAGCAAUGAUAUUUCAUAUUUUAAAGAUUUUGAAGAUUUCAAUGGAAGAAUCGAUAAACCUACAGAAUAUGCUACUCCUAAAAAUGAAGAUUAAUAUCAAUAAAUUGAUAAUAAAAAACUAGUAUAAUAAAUUUAAACUUUUAUUGAGGAAGGCAAUAAGAAUAAAGAAAAUCCAGAUAUUAUUAUAAAGAAUCGUGAGUCACCAUAAAAUUAAAUAACUGAAACUAAAUUAUAAUUAAAAUUAGAAGAUUUCACUCUAAAAAAGAGAUCACCCAAAAUGGAAUUUAGAAAUGAAAAUAAUGAUACACAUAUACCAAAAUUACUUCUCAAAGAAGAAUAAUAAUAAAAUAAAUAAACUGUUGUUGAAUCUCAAUUACAAAAUUAAUCUAAAUCAAUUCAGGAUAGAUUAUUGGCCAGAUAAAAAAGUUAAAAGAAAAAAGAAAUUUGA